CAGCUUUGCGUGCAGGACCUUCAACCUUGAUUAUGGUAAUAUCUUCUAAAAAAUAAAAAAUAUGAAAGGGCUUAGUCUUGGGCUUCCACUUCUUGUACCUUUGGUCAAUGCCGUAGUAGCGCCCACGGUAGAUCUCGGAUACACGAUCCACCAAGCUUCAGUCGAGAGCACCAAAGAUGGAAUGCGAUAUCUCAAUUUCACAAAUCUCCAAUACGGAGCGAGCCGUCGUUUCCAGCCUCCUAUCCCCCCACCGGUGAACAGAACCAUACAGAGUGCAGGGGCAUACAAUAUUCGAUGUCCACAGGGCGAGCCGGCAUGGCUCAGUCAGUUCGGGCAGCCGGUCGGGAACCUCACGGAAGUGCCUCCAGUCACUAUAGCAGACCUCCCUGCCAUUGAUCCCAGCAUCAGUGAGGACUGUCUGUACUUAGAUAUCUUCGUGCCAGAAGCCGUUUUCCAAGCAAAGGAAGAUCGAAAGUCUUCGGUGAUUAUUUGGAUUCACGGCGGAGGGUACGUGUCGGGAUGGAAGUCUCUGUAUGGCCCUGGACUCGGUCUGAUGGAGACAGCGAAACAGGCCGGACAUGAUGUGAUCUUCGUUUCUAUCAAUUACCGCUUAGGGCUUUUCGGGUUCCUGGCCGAUCCGGAUUCUAAUGAAGUUACGUGCAAUCUAGGGCUGCAGGACCAACGAUUUGCACUGCAAUGGGUCAACAAGAACAUCCACCUCUUUGGUGGUGAUCCUAGUACCGUUACCGUGAUGGGUGAGUCCGCCGGAGGAGGGUCGAUCAUGUACCAUCUCACCUCUGGCAACGCCUCCUAUCGACCAUUAUUCCAACGGGCUAUUGCCCAGAGCCCGUUCACCAUCAAUAUUCCUGCCGCGAUGCAGAGGAGCACAUUGCAAGAAGUGUUCCAGCGAGCAAAUGUGACUUCUUUCGAGCAGUUGAAAGGUCUACCAACUCAGGCAUUGCAGACUGCCAAUGCACUCGUUGUGGGUAAUGCAAUGCCUUAUGGAACAUUUGUUUUCGGCCCGGUCAGUGACAAGAAUUACCUGGACUAUCCUCCAGUUCUUCUAGGUGAGGGUCACUACCCUGAUGAUGUGUCAGUCAUGGCAGGGCACAACACCAAUGAAGGUGUGUUGUUUGCGUCUCCAUUUGUGAAAAGCGAUGAAGACUACGCCAACCUCGUAUCGAGCCUAUUCCCCGGCAUCUCACCCACAGCUCUGUCUGUCGUAACAGAUAACUUGUAUCCUGGUAAUUUCAGCGGCGAAUACGGGUAUGCGGACCAAACUGGCCGCGUGGCAUCUACUAUUGGCGAAUCUCUUAUUAGUUGCAACCAAUAUUUCCUCGGGGAGGCAUUCAACCGCAGCAAUACCAGCUUCCGGUAUGAGUUCAGUGUUCCCCCGGCUAUCCACGCAGUGGAUCUUUCGUAUACCUUUUACAAUCCUAGCGAGUCGGUAUCUGGCUUGAACGUUACUCUUGCGAAGAUAAUGCAAAGGUACUUUGUGAACUUUAUCACAACUGGGCAGCCUUAUUCUCAUCUUCCGAGAGACUUCCUGGCGGAUGAUAUGAUUCAGAACUUCAACAUAUCUAGGGUUGGACCGAGCAAGGACAGCGUCUCAACCAAGCGGUGCGAUUGGUGGCAGAAGGCGACGUUCCGGUGAUUGAUUUUGCUAGAACAGAAACCAGUAGUUUCAUAUGUUAGCGGUGCAUAAUUGUAGUGAGUGAAGAAGAGGUGUAACUUUCAAGCACACCCAAGAU